AACCUGCCAUUUCAUAUGCAAAGUGAGCAAAGGAAUCUGAGAUCCUUCCAUCCUUCAUAUCUCUUCAUAUAGUCAUAUGGUGCCACCAAUUCGUUUGUGGUGCCGGCUCACGAGCCGUACUGUUUUUAGAUCACCUGGUUAAAAACUAUAGAGCAUAAGGAAUAAUCAAUAUCGUCACGAGUUUACUCUUGGGUUAGUAUUGGUCUCUCUCGUUUAAGAUGCUUCGCGAAGUAUUAUUCGGCGCUAUUGGUGUCAUUAUUCUCGUUUAUAGCGUCGAAUGGCUACUUGGCAUUUUUGAUGAUCCGCGUGAGCCUCGCCGGAUAUCCUCCACAAUACCCAUCAUCGGCCACUUUCUGGGUUUCAUGUACUAUGGAUUUGACUAUUACGAUAUCUUGAGUCAGAAAACAGAUGCAGAAGUUUACACAAUCCGUGUUCUGGUCUUUAAAGUGUAUAUAACACAUGCUAUACGCCUGACAAAUACAAUCCAAAAAACAAGGACCUUAUCAACUAGGCCCUUCCUUCGGACGGAGAAUAAAAUUCACUCCAAUGUCAGCGACGAGGCGCACACUUUGUUUGAUGGGGAGCUAUUGGAAGCUUUCCGUCUGCGUACUAAGAAAGCACUGGCUCCUGGAACUUCUCUAGAUAUGCUUAGCCUGCGAAUCGGAGAGGAAUCGCUCCGCGAAAUCUCGAACAUGUUGAGACGAGAUGAAACUGGGCUGCUUGCAUGGGCUAAGCAUGCCGUUGUGGAGAUUACCAGCAUUGCUUUGUUUGGUGUCCAACAUCCUUUCAAAGAUCCUGACAUUGUUGAUGCCAUGUGGACAUGGGAAGACUUUAGACCCAGCCAUCAAAUGGGUAUGGAUUUCUGGCAUACAGGCUACAAAGCUCGUGCCAAGGUGUUCGACGCUUUUCAGAGAUACUUUCGAAAUAUCCCAGACGAUGUGUCCUUGAUGAUUCGAGAACGCCAGGAAGUUCUUCGACAGGGCGGUAUGGGUGAGGAGGACAUUGCCAAAAUGCAGUCGUUCUUUAGCGAUGCCUAUUAUAAUAUCACGCCUACGUUAUUUUGGACGAUCUAUGAAGUUUACUCCCGCCCUCAGCUUCUAGCAGCCAUUCGCAAAGAGUUACACAGCAAGGCAGUCCGGAGGUCAGAAAAGGGUGAGGUCUUUAUCCUGGACAUCGCUGCACUGAAGACGGAGUGCCAUAUCUUGUUGUCCACGUACCAAGAAACGCAGCGUACUAGGCAUGCCCCUGCCACUUCGCGUAUGGUUGCGGAAGACACACUCCUCGACGGUAAAUAUCUCUUGAAGAAAGGCAAUUGGUUCCAAAUGCCUGUGCAGCCCGUCCAUGUGAACACGAAGAUCUGGGGCCCCCACGCUGACGUUUUCGACCCAUACCGUUUCGUUCCUCCAGGCAUUGAUGAGACGAAGAUCAAGAUAUUGCCUAACAGCUUCCUCCCAUGGGGCGCGGCGCCGUAUACGUGCCCAGCCCGCCAGUUUGUUUCGACGGAAGUGUUGACGAUCACAGCUCUGUUGGCUCUGCAAGUGGAUCUGGUGCCCAUAAGUAGUAAGGAGUGGGAGCGUGACCCGGCGUUACGGUUAUUGGAAAAGCCGACACUUGCACGCCCUAAAAAGGACGUACGAGUCAGAGUUUCUCCGCGGGAGGGAUCGGGAGGCUGGACAGUCGUUCUGGGACAAAGCAAAGCAAGGAUUCCUUUAGCGUCUGGAUGAUAUGAGAAUACGACGUAGUCACCAGCUAAGCUGAGUCUCGUGUGAACCCUGGUUUUUAUCUUUGCAUGUAGA